AUGCUGCUACGUGUAACAGUGAAUAUGCAUGCCCACAGCUAUAUUGACGACAUGCCUACCGCUUUGGAAAUACUCCAGGCAAGGCAGAAUUUUACGGUCCAGGACACGUCAGAGGAGCAUUUCUUCCGAUGCUGGCGACAUCAGGACUGCAAAGUCUGCCUCGCAGAGAAUCAAUGCAGCUGGUGCCCCAUGACUUCAGCCUGUGUCCCGAAUCCUUACACGAUCCCAUUGCUGGCUCCAGCAUGGAAUGAGGAUAUUUGCCCGCAUUGGGCCGAAAGAUGGGAACUGAGGACUAGACCACUAGGAUGCCAGGUUUCGACCAUCACCAGUCUUACAUCCAUUAUCUCAAUUGUCUCCACCCUCAUCGUGGUCCUACUCGUGUUUCUGCUUGUAAUCGCGAUCCGGUGGGGAAGACGUCGUAGCCAGAGAGAACCUGGAUGGUGGAGGGUUUGGAGGUACGACUGGAUGCAAGUUUUGUGGCCGACGCGUCACAUUGCAGAGCAAGACCCUUUACUUGGACAGGAUCACAACAUACAAUCGCGUCAGACAGAAUGA